AUGGUUUACUACAAUGAUCGACAACCAGUAGAAACGGUCCCUAGUCCUUAUUAUUGGCCAAACGAAAAUAUCCUGCCAAGCGACGAACCCGACGCGAUACAUUAUCCCACCUGGUUCCAGCUUCCAUGGAGACCGUUCCCACUCCUUCAGCAGCCGGUUGCAGAAGAAGAACCCGAAGCGAUUACUGUUUCGCCUGAAGUUGAGCCUCCGCCACCGACAACUACCGAAAUGCCGGAUGAAACGCCAGAAGGACGACAUCUUCAUCACGAAAAACCCCACAAACAUCACCAUCAUCACAAGCAUAAGCAUCAUAAGCACAAGCACCAUCAUCAUCACGAGAAAGGCACCAAAACCGCUGCCACACCAUUUGAUGACUCGGAAGACCUGCAAAGUGCCAACGUUGGUCAGCUUAAAAUGGUUAUCCUGCAACUUGAAAACAAACUGCAGGAGCUUAAGCUACAACUUUUUGGCAGUCGAACACUAACGAACGACGAAAACGAAGACGACGCGGCACGUUUCGAAGUGCCGAAUCACUCUAACAGUGAUCCGGAAGCGUCCGAGGAGAUGGAGCAUCUGCUUGAAGAACUAUCUAACACAUCAACGGAUGUCACUACACCGACUACGGUAGAAAAGGAUGAAGGAAAACUUCUGCUCGAAGGACAAGAUAAACCCACUGCCGAGCUAGUGUUGGAGCAUCGAGAAAUUGAACCAAAUCCGUUUGACAAUGGUAGAAGUUUGGCGGAAAAUGUACAAAAGUGGUUCGAAGGUUUAGAUCUCGGCAAAAUUGCUGCUCUACCGUUGGAAGAUUCGGUCGAGAGUGAAGAUGUUUCGGGCAUUAUCGAUGUUAGGGGUCAAUUUUGAU